GACUGUGUAUCCUGCAGGGAUGGAAACAUUCUUUUUGGAGAACGCAUUCAUUUUGUUCGGUAUAUUUGCUGUUUGUAAUAUUUUUCUACAAGUAACGAAAUGUCUGAAGUAUUUGGUACUUACCAAAUGGGUUGGAGUGCCGGAUUCGUUUUUCCAAUCAUUGGGCGGAUGGGCAGUCAUCACUGGUGGAACAGAUGGCAUUGGAAAAGCAUUUGCACAUGAGUUUGCAAAGUGUGGUCUAAAUAUUGUACUUAUCAGCAGAACUAAGGAAAAGCUAAUAAAAGUUGCAGAUGAAAUUGAACAAGCAUCUGGAAGAAAAGUAAAGACAAUUCAGGUUAACUUUAUUAAAAGGGACAUUUACCAGCAUAUCAAGGAAAAUCUGAGAGGACUUGAAAUUGGGGUCCUGGUGAACAAUGUUGGAAUAAUGCAAAAACCAGACCCAUGUAGGUUUCUUGAAAUAAAUGACAUAGAUAAGACUAUCGAUGAUAUGAUCAGUGUUAAUAUGAUAUCUGUUGUCAAGAUGACCCAGCUUGUCCUGCCAAAAAUGAAAGAGCGACAAAAGGGCCUGAUCCUGAACAUUUCAUCUGGUGUGGCUAAUGCUCCAUGUCCACUCUAUGGCUUGUACGCUUCUACUAAGAUUUUUGUGGAAAGAUUCUCCAGAGGCUGUCAAGCAGAAUAUGGCUCAAAGGGAAUCAUCAUAAAGAGUUUAAUGCCCUAUGGGGUUGCUUCUGCGAUGUCACGAGUUAACCCUGGAAUCAUUACAAAAUCAGCAAACGAAUAUGUGAGAAACUCAUUGGAUUGCACGUUACUUGGAGAGCGAGGCCAUGGUUGUCUGCCACAUGAGAUACUGGCCUACGUUUAUGGCAAAAUACCACACUGGAUUACUUACAGUGAUGUGUUCCUGGAUAAAAUGAGGAACUAUCUGCAGAGCAGUGCUAGAAGUUACAGCAAUCCUCAAUCCUAGGAGGAACAUUAUGCUCAUUUGGUUCAUUGUGUCUCAUAAUCCAUAGUAUAGUUGCUAUUGUAUUCAGAUUAUAGCUUUGCUGAACAAUGCUCAAUGUCUUUUUGCCUGAUUAAAAUAAACGUUAACAAGCUUACUAUAACUUUCAAAUACGUAAUAAAGUUGGCUGUUGAAAUAUAGCUCUUGAUAAUGAGCUGGCUUUUCAUCUUUG